UUUCUCCAAAUGGACUCUCUUAAAAAGAACUGGUUUACUGAGGCAUGCGAAUUAUGGCCUGGAGGCACGUUUUCGUUCGAAGUGAAGGAGGUGCUUUGUGAUGAGAAAUCUGAAUACCAACAUGUUCAGGUUUUUGAUACUACAAGUUUAGGCAAAGUUUUGGUACUGGAUGGGAUCAUACAGUGUACUGAAAAAGACGAAUUUUCUUAUCAGGAGAUGAUAUCAUUCUUGCCUUUAUGUUGCCACAAAAAUCCUGAAAAAGUACUAAUUGUGGGUGGAGGUGAUGGCGGAGUAGCCAGAGAAGUUGCCAAGCAUCCCAAGGUGAAACAAAUUGUUCAGGUGGAAAUCGACGCAAAAGUAAUAGAGGUAUCAAAGAAACACCUCCCCUUCAUGGCCGUGGGCUUCGACAGUCCGAAGCUGACGCUGCACGUCGGCGAUGGCUUCGAGUUCAUGAAGCAGCACAGCGCGGAGUUCGACGUGAUCAUCACCGACAGCAGCGACCCCGUCGGCCCGGCCGUCAGCCUGUUCCAGGAGAAUUACUUCGGCUUGAUGAAGAGCGCGUUGAGGGAGGACGGUAUCGUGUGCUCGCAGGCGGGAACUAUUUGGAAUGAUUUGCACCUUGUCACGAGUACGCUGAGCCAUUGCAGAAAACAGUUCCCCUCAGCGGCCUACGCCUACGCGUCAGUACCGACCUACCCGUCCGGCCAGAUCGGGUUCGUGAUCGGCUCUCUCACCCCCAACGCGCGCUUCGACGCUCCCACCAUUACCUUUACUAAAGACGAGGAAGCCGCCAUGAAACUGAGGUACUACAACUCGGAGGUGCACAAGGCUGCGUUCGUGCUGCCGACGUUUGUUAAAUAUCAGCUCGCAUAGGUACUUAACCCGGAACGGGUCUAGUUA